AUGGCCCGACCAGACUUCAAACCCAAUGACUCCCCCGAGCACCAAAUCGAUAAAAGAGACAUCGAUGAUGAAGUUGACCGACUUCAGGAUUCUAUCGAGCGUCUAAAUAUCAAAGUUCUUCGCACAAAACGAGAUCUGGAACGCAUGCGCAUCAGCAAGAAGCGUAAGAUCGAAACAUGUAACUCAAGGAUCGCCAUACUGCAGAACUAUCUCACCAACCUAUCGGAGCAACAGAACCCGCCUCCCCGAACAGAGCAACCUGCUACCUCCGAGCAAGUCAACAGAGUCAAGAAAGAUGAAGAUGAUGAUGCGGAGGAAGACGAAGAAGGACAACUUCUGGUCCACCCCAAUCGGAAUGUCCAGGACGACCAAAAACCAGUAGAUUGGCAAAUGGAAAGACAUCGCCAAUGGGCAAACAAAAACAUUGUGUGGGGGGAUCUCUAUAGGAUACUCGAUGUUCGUACUGCUGCUCAGAUGAAUGCUGGUGAUCCACGCGGUCAGGGUAAUUUGAAACUCAAUCCGAUCUACUGUCGCGUGGAUCCAGGUAGUUACAGAUGGGGACAACCUGCUGAAGCCCUCCUCCAUCAUGCUAGGGCAGCAUACAAAGAUCCAAAUAGCUGGAUUCUGCUUGAUAAGUCAAGAAAUCUACUCAUUGCCAUGGAGAAUUGGUUUUUUAGUCUUUCGAAGGAAGAGAGGGAACAACUUCCGGAAAGUGCAAACGACUGGGAUGGGAUGGCGGAUGAAACUAUUAGGAAGUGGAACGAGGCCCUGCAGACUGGUGAAUUGAAGUGA